AUGAAGCGGCCCCUGAGCCCAGCCCCCUCAGGUGAGAAGGAGCCCCCGACCACUGCACCAUCUGAGUGCCCCCCUCACUCUCCAGAAUCUUCGAAGCCUAAGCGGGAGAGAAAACGACCCUCCUACACGCUCUGCGAUGUCUGCAACAUCCAGCUGAACUCUGCAGCCCAGGCCCAGGUGCAUUGUGGGGGACGUGCCCACCAGCGAAGGCUUCGGCAGCUCAGCCUGGGCAAGACCUCCACGGGGCCAGCAGGCCCGGCCUCCAGCGCCCCCAGCCCCCUGCUGGCCUCCCUGACCUUGCCCGCCCGGCCCCUGCAGCCCCAGCUGGACUUGAAGCACAUGCUCGCCUUCCACCUCAAUGGCGCCGCCCCGCUCAGUCUCUUCCCCAACUUCAGCACGAUGGACCCAGUCCAGAAAGCUGUCAUCAGCCACACGUUUGGGGUCCCGUCCCCUCUGAAGAAGAAGCUGUUCAUCUCCUGUAACAUCUGUCAUCUGCGGUUCAACUCGGCGAACCAGGCUGAAGCUCAUUACAAGGGCCACAGACACGCCAGAAAACUCAAGGCUGUGGAAGCUGCCAAGAGCAAGCAGAGGCCUCGAAACUUGACCACAAAUGGGACAGUGCUGUCGUCGGCCUCACCUCCAGCCACUGGAAGAAGCCCUGAAACCCCGCAGAGCAAAGGUCAGUGCAAACCUCCCCAUAUGUCCCUUGUCCCUGCAGAUUCUGCAUCCCCUUCGCUUCAGCUACCACCGACCCUGGACCCAUCACCCGGAGACCCCGCCCACUCAGAACUUUCCGAUGCCGCUGCCUCCUCUUCCUCCUCUUCUUCUUCUUGCCCACCCUGCUCCCCGGAUCCUAGCAGGGAAGCCCCAGGGCCUGAGCCAGCAGAAGUGGCCGUGGGAAGUGGAGGGAAUGGGGAAGGCAGGGGUGAGAAGGGACGCCUCUACUGUUCUACCUGUAAAGUGACGGUGAACUCUGCCUCUCAGCUCCAGGCUCACAACACAGGAGCUAAGCACAGAUGGAUGGUGGAAGGUCAUCAAGGUGCUCCCCGAAGGGGCCGGGGCCGUCCUGUGUCCCGAGGAGGGACUGGACACAAGACAAAAAGAGUGAUGGGAAAUCGUGGGGGCCGGCAGGGCCCCAGCCCUCCUUUCCAUUGUGCCCUCUGUCAGCUCCACGUCAAUUCAGAGACCCAGCUCAAGCAGCACAUGAACAGCCGGAGGCACAAAGACCGGCUGGCUGGGAAGCCCCCCAAGCCCUCCAGCCAGCACAGCAAGCUACAGAAGCACACAGCACUGGCUGUGAGUGUUCUCAAGUCUAAAUUGGCCUUGCAGAAGCAACUCACCAAGACGCUGGCAGCCCGCUUCCUGCCUGGUGCACUGCCCACCACAGCUGCUGCCAUCUGUGCCCUGCCAGGGCCCCUGACCCUCCGUCCUGCCGCAACAGCAGCUGCUACCCUCUUCCCAGCUCCCGUCCUGGGCCCCGCUCUGUUUCGUUCUCCAGCAGGGGCUGUCCGCCCUGCUACAGGACCCAUCCUCUUUGCUCCCUAUUAGCAGACUCGGAAUGGCCACAUCCUAUCUCUUCCAGCCAGACACUCGUCUCCACAUCCCAUAGAGACCCGCCUUUUGCAGUUUCCGGGUUCCCACGCAACCUGGGUAGCUGCUCUUCACUCAGACUGGGGUUUCCCAGUCCCCUGGCUCUGAGGACCACCACUUCCCUCCUUUCCUGGGCCAGCCCUAGGCUGCCCUGCAUCUAUGACUCAACAAAUCCCAAAGAUCUAUGCAAAAACCACAGUCCCAGUCUCAUGGUGCUCUCGUACCCUGACCCCCAACCAGAGACGUACACAGAGCUGACAGCAUCUUAGCUCCCAAGAGCCAGGCUCUCCUGCCAUGUUCUGGAGCUGUCUGGACAAUCACUAGAGAGAGGGAUCUCAAACUGAAGUAGGCUGGAACCUAUGACAUAUUUACCAUGGGGUAGCCAGAUAUGGUGGUGCAUUCCUGCAAUCCUAGGACCUGGAUUAGGAGUUCAAAGUCAGUUUGGGCCAUAUAGCUAGACACUGUCUCAAACAACAAAACAACCACAAGUUGACUACAGGGUACGUAUGGCAGAGGGCCAUAGAGAUAAGAGACCCCCAAAGUUCCUCAAAAAUGUACUGUGAAAGUGAGGCAGAGUGGAAAUGAAGCUCUGUCCACUGUGGGGUGGGGCUCGAAGGUAAGAGUGGCAUUUAGGCUGGGCCUGACUGUAGAACUGGCUGGUCUGGAACUAUGUACACAGGCUGGCAAAUUCAAGAAAUCCACCUGCCUCUGCCUCUUGAGUAAUGGAACUGAAGGCAUGCACCACCCCGCCUGGCCCGGCUUUAAUGAUGUGACCUGUCUUACCACAGCUGUUCUUAGCCUUUCAGUGGUUUCUUUUGAACCCCAACUCUAAGGGGGCUCUCUGGGUCUCCCUCAGCUUAGGGACUCUCCACUCCACACUGGGGUCUGGCCAUCCCAAGUGUGGCGUUUCUAGCUGGUACACAGUCCAGUAUACCCUCCAGAUCAACUUUUCAUGUCUGUCAAAGCCAGUGCCAUUCCCCCCAUUCAACAUGGGAUUUUGCCAGUAUCUGCCUAGGUUCUUUUUUUUUUUGAAAGAUAUUUCCAAUGGGACAAGAAAAGGGGUAGGGGACGGGAAACUUUUUGA